AUGACUAUAAAGGUCCUCAUUGUCGGUGCUGGUGCUGUUGGUGCAUUCUACGGAUCUCGAAUUGCUCAGGUUCAAGGCACUCAAGUCUCCGUUAUAUGUCGAUCAAAUUACAAAGCUGUCACCGCCAAUGGGUUCAAUGUCACAUCACCAAAAUUUGGAGAAUACAAAUUCAUUCCGCAUCAAACCUUUGCCAACCCACAAGAAGCUCGAGAUUCGAAUGAAGAAUGGGAUUAUAUUGUCGUAAGCACAAAGGCGCUUCCAGAUGUUAACGAUGAUUCCGAGAUCCUUGAAGGCCUCGUGAAGAAAGGUCACACAUCUAUCGUCUUGGUCCAAAAUGGUCUCGGUGUGGAAGAACCAUAUUCAAACAGGUUCUCAGGGUCCACCAUAUUAAGUGCUGUCACUGUUGUGAGCGCCGAACAGACUUCCCCAGGUCUUAUUAAGCAUAACAGAUGGACACGAAUAAGCAUUGGCCCAUAUUUACCCGGUGUUGUUGAAUCGACGAAGUUGAGUAAUGAUCAACACAUGGCUGUUCAACGAAACAAUACGUUUGUGAAAUUAUUACAAACAGGUGGCAUCUCGGAUGCCCAGGAGUACUCACAUUGGAAACUUCAAAUGGUGAGGUGGCAUAAAAUCGCCAUUAAUGCGAGUAUGAAUCCUUCCGCUGUGCUUUCAUCUGGGAGCACAAAUAAUGAUAUGUCGCUCGAUCCAGAGCUUUACAUUCAUUUGAAAGGUGUCAUGGACGAAGUUUUAGAGACAGCCCCAAAGAUAUUGGGGACUAAGCUACCACAAGAAUUUGCAACUUCUGAGCAGCUGUUGAAAAGUACACAGAAGAAUACUAGUGGAAGUAAGCCAAGUAUGUUAUUGGAUUGGGAGCAGGGGAAGACAAUGGAGCUUGAAGUCAUUUUGGGAAAUCCAAUCCGAAUUGCCAGGAGUCAUGGACUGGAAAUGCCAAGGCUACAAACAUUAUAUGCUUUAUUAAGGAAAGCUCAAGAGAAUAGAACAAAGGAGAAAGUUAGUAGUAAACUUUGA